AUGACGGAACGACGCCAUUUAUUUCUCUUCGUGUGUCUAGUUUCUAUUUUAUUCACUAGUUUUUACCAUGCAAAAUCUUUUCAACAUAUUAAUAAAAAAUCUCUAGUAACAAUAAAACAAUUGCCCUAUCGAGGUUGUAUUGUAACAUUAAUACGAAGUGAUAAUCUCCUUAGUUUAAAUAAAUUAUUAAAUAUGCUUAAUUCGCUUAGUUUGUAUUUUACUAAUAUUCAUUAUUAUACAAUACAUUUAUUUCAUGAAUCUACAUUAGCCAAUCAAACGAAAGAACAAAUAUUACGUUGCGCAUCGAAAUUAAAAAUAAAAUUUUAUGAAAUUUAUUUUAAUCUAACCAUUCCAUCCAACCGUUCUGGUUAUGCAUCUAUGUGUCAAUUUUGGUCGUAUGAUAUCUGGUUUAAAUAUACUAUUUUACAACAGCAAUGUGAUUAUGUGAUGAGAUUCGAUGAUGAUUCUUAUUUAAUUAAUUUUACACAAUACGAUCUAUUUGAAAAAUUUCAUAACAAUCAACUCGAUUAUGCAUAUAGGAUUGUUUAUCAUGACACAAAUGGUUUAGAUUUUCUUCGAGAUAAUCUUCGAACAUUUCUACCAGCAAAUCAAAGUCGACGCGGUUGUAUACAAACUGUAUGUACAUCUUUAAAUGGACCUGAUGGUUAUGAUGGUUUAGCUGUUUAUAAUAAUUUUUUUCUUAUCCGUCUUAAUUUAAUGUAUGAACAUUCAGUUAUAGAAACAUAUUUGAAACAAUUGUUGUCUUUAAAUGCAUUUUAUCUUUAUCGUAUUGGUGAUGCAAAUAUUCAAACGAUAUGUUUAUUACUUGUUGAAAAAGAAUUAAAAAUAUCUUUUCUUAAAUUUCCUUACAAUCAUAAUGUACAUGGUUCGUCAGACUUUACACCAAGAUACAUCUAUUACGAAAAUACAGCAUCCGUAUGGUCGUAUCGUAUGAGAAUACCGAAUAUAACAUGUCAUAGGUUACUAAUUGCAGCAAAAUAUCAUAUGAUAACAAAACUUCUUGAUGAAAAAACUUAA